CAAUAUCAAAGUUAUCCUGUGAAUUUUUGAUGGUUAUAUUAUACUGAUACAGGAAAGACUAGAAGGAAGUGGACCAUUAUUACACCAGAGUCCACUAUGAAACAAGGCACAGAGAAAGAAAUAUUCUCUAAAGCAAUUCAAAAGGAAUAUGUCCUCUUCUUUAGCUAAAGGCAUCCUCAUCCUCUCUUUGCUAUAAAGUAGAAUCCCCUAUGGCCAGCUCUCUUUGCCAUUGCCCAGCAAUGACACCCCGAAGGGUGCUGGAAGUGCAAUUAGAUGAUCAAAAUUCACAGAAAUGGCGUGUCUCGCUCACUGAAGAUGCCUUCAGCACGUUCAUCAAUCAUGGUGGCGAUCCUGUAAAAAGAGUUUUCGGUGAGGGGUCAUUUUUUAGUCCGCUAUUGUUUGGGAAGUUCUUUGAUCCUGCUGAUGCCUUUCCUUUGUGGGAAUUUGAAUCGGAAGCACUGCUCUCAGGACUUCGGAGUGCUUCCAAGACUAGUGUUGAUUGGGUGGAAACAGAUGUUGAGUACGUUGUAAGAGCUGAACUUCCAGGUGCGAGGAAAAUUGAAAUUGAGGUAUGUGCCGAGAAGGAAAAGGUGCUUGAGAUCAGCGGGCAGUGGAAGAGCAGAGAAUCCAAUGUUAGAGACUGGAGGACAGGCCACUGGUGGGAGCACGGGUUUGUGAGGCGCCUAGAGCUACCAGGUGAUGCUAAUUGGAGGAGGAUAGAGGCAUACAUUGAUAAUGAAAUUUUUCUCGAGAUUAAAAUCCCAAAGAAUAUUUCUGGUGUGGAGCCUAAAGAAUCUGAAUGUGUAUGAGUGAUAACAAUAAUAGACUUAUAAUGUAAUGUUAUUCUAA